AUGGGCUCGGAGAUGGAGCCGCUGCUCCUGGCCUGGAGCUAUUUUAGGCGCAGGAAGUUCCAGCUCUGCGCAGAUCUGUGCACGCAGAUGCUGGAGAAGUCCCCUUACGACCAGGCAGCUUGGAUUUUAAAGGCACGAGCACUAACUGAAAUGGUAUACGUAGAUGAAACUGAUGUAAAUCAGGAAGGAAUUGCAGAAAUGAUGCUGGAUGAAAAUGCUAUUGCUCAAGUUCCACGCCCUGGAACAUCUUUGAAACUCCCUGGAACUAAUCAGACAGGAGGGCCUAGUCCAGCUAUCAGGCCAAUCACUCAAGCUGGAAGACCCAUUACAGGUUUCCUUAGACCUGGCACACAGAGUGGAAGGCCUGGCACUAUGGAACAGGCUAUUAGAACACCCAGAACUGCCUACACAGCUCGCCCUAUCACCAGCUCAUCUGGAAGAUUUGUCAGGCUGGGAACGGCUUCCAUGCUUACAAGUCCGGAUGGACCUUUUAUAAAUUUAUCUAGACUAAAUUUAACAAAAUAUGCUCAGAAACCUAAAUUGGCAAAGGCUUUGUUUGAGUAUAUCUUUCAUCAUGAAAAUGAUGUUAAGACUGCUUUGGACUUGGCUGCCCUUUCCACAGAGCACUCUCAGUACAAGGACUGGUGGUGGAAAGUACAGAUUGGAAAAUGUUACUACAGGUUAGGAAUGUAUCGUGAAGCAGAAAAACAGUUUAAAUCAGCCCUCAAGCAGCAGGAAAUGGUAGAUACAUUUCUCUACUUGGCAAAAGUUUAUAUCUCAUUGGAUCAACCAGUGACGGCUUUAACUCUUUUCAAACAAGGCUUAGAUAAGUUUCCAGGAGAAGUAACCCUACUUUGUGGAAUUGCCAGGAUCUAUGAGGAAAUGAACAAUAUUUCAUCAGCAGCUGAAUACUACAAAGAAGUUUUGAAACAGGACAAUACUCAUGUGGAAGCCAUUGCAUGCAUUGGAAGCAACCACUUUUAUUCUGAUCAACCAGAAAUAGCUCUCCGAUUUUACAGGCGACUCCUGCAGAUGGGUGUUUAUAACUGCCAGCUUUUUAACAAUCUGGGCCUCUGCUGCUUCUAUGCCCAGCAGUAUGAUAUGACUCUGACCUCAUUUGAACGUGCCCUUGCUCUGGCUGAAAACGAAGAAGAGGCAGCUGACGUCUGGUACAACUUGGGCCACAUAGCUGUGGGUAUAGGAGAUAUGAAUUUGGCCCAUCAGUGCUUCAGGCUCGCUCUGGUCAACAACAAUAACCACGCUGAGGCCUACAACAACCUGGCUGUACUGGAGAUGCGUAAGGGCCACAUUGAGCAGGCAAGAGCACUAUUACAAACUGCAUCAUCUUUGGCACCCCAUAUGUAUGAGCCGCAUUUUAAUUUUGCAACUGUCUCUGAUAAGAUUGGAGAUUUACAAAGAAGCUAUGUUGCUGCUCAGAAGUCAGAAGCAGCAUUUCCAGGUCAUGUGGAUACCCAACAUUUAAUUAAACAACUAAAGCAGCAUUUUGCUAUGCUCUGA